AUGGCGCACCUACAUUUCACAUUCCGUAUUAGUACAAUGCAAGCUGAAAAGGCACAUAGAAAGACGUAUUUUCACAAAUUCCUUUAUGGUAGUUAGUUUCUUACUGUCGCCUUUAGGGUUUUGAUGGGCUGGUUAUGUGGCUAAAUGUACUAGUCACCAGCAGUUUUGCUACCUGUUAUCGAAGGGUGGUUCACAACAGACUUUCACCUUGUAUAAGGAUGAGUAAGGAUGAGAGAAAUCAUCUCUAUAACUGAUUAAGGAAAUGACUCUGUCCACAAGAGUUUGAAGAAUAUGUUUUGUUUUAUUUUUUCUACCUGUUUGGCACAAAAAGCACGUGGAAUUUUUUUUUAUGUGCCACAGCACAAUUUUUCCCCUUUAAUUUCUGAUAUGUACAAGCAAUUAUGUUUAACCCUUCCGUAAAUUGCUGAUUAUUUUUAAUGAUUAAGUUGAGCCAGGAGCAAUCGGCUUCUGGUUAAACCUAAAAAUUCUGGUGAAUAAUAUAGAGACAUCGUAUGCUUAUUAGAAUGUUUGAACCUAAUCUUAUAAGUAAAUUUUCUCUUUAUUUUUUCCCACCAUAUCUGCAUACAUUUUUUUAUGAGUAUUUGUUCUCCCUCUCCAUGGCCUUAUCGCGAACUCAUGAACAUGCAUGACCACUUCACUUAUUGUGUGACGUUAGCUCUUAACAAACAGUCCUUGAAGGAGGCUUUAGCUCAAGCGUUCAGCACAAGAUAACCGUUGGUACAUGGUGUUUAAUAAGAGUUCAAACAGGAGAUCAAGGAAAAUGCUUUCAAAUUUACGGUAAGGCAGACUUACUUCAAUCAUAAAUGCUCUUGCUAACAUUUGAGAUCAUGGGACAGAAAUAAAACAUUCGAGUUGGUUGCUUCCAAGUGAUACUAAUUUUAAUUGUCAAGAUGGCUAAAUUCAAAGAUAAAAUAUACUCGGAACCACAUAUUUUGAAUGUCAGAUGAGUAUAAAAGUUUUUCGUCAUUUCUUCUGUAGUUUAUCGGUGAAAAACGCUAAAACCAAGGAGAAAUAUCCAAGGUUUUUGUUAUUUUGUUGUUGUUGUUUUUUUUUUGUGGCGUUAAUUAAAAUAUUUCUAGAAAAAAAACCCACCACGUUUCUAAGCUCACCAUAAAGUAUCUAUGGACGAAAUUUAUUUUCAUUAUGUGCCAUGAAUUCUCGAUCCGGCUCGAUCUUAGUGCACAUUCCCUCUUAAUAGGUGCGGGGUUUAUAACCCAGAAAUAAGUGACCACUAUGUGAUGUAUAGGGAAACGAAGGAGAAAGUAUACAAGUAUAAGCCCAAGAUCAUAACAUUCAGACAGACUAAGACACAGACUUCAAGUUACUUAAUCAAGAACUAAGCGAUUCUGGAUUCUGCAAGCCCAAGAAACUAUGUCAAAUGACAUAAAAUGUGGACGGUUGAGAUGCUCAUGUCCAAGAGUUCAAGAGGAUGGAAUGAUUGUCAUAGGAGGACACGCAGAGAAAUCGCUGGAGAUGAGCUACAAUAAGUGCAAAGUUCCACUUCUACCAUUUAUACACAGGCGAUCUCGCUUGAACGCAAAGUGUAUACAUCAUGAGGAAGGCCAUCAAGGAGUAUCUCUUACGACGAGCAAAGUGAGAUCUAGUUCUGGAUCAUCGGGCUGCCUAGGAUGGUGAAGUCAAUUAGAUACAACGGUGUAACCUACAAGAAGCUGGACAAGAAGACUGUGACACAACUGAUGGGAUGGCUCCCCCAGGAAGGGCUUAAGGUAGCAGCUGCAUGGAAUUGUACGGCAGUUGAUUUAUUUGGCUCCGUCAGGAUUAGAGGUGAACCACAGGCAAAGCGAAUGGCGUCAUCUUCAACUGCCUUAGCACAUGAGCAGUACACAUAGAUUUGGCACCUAAUUAUAGCACUGACAAAUUCCUGAUGGUCCUAAGGCGAUUUGUGUCACUGAGAGGUAACCCAGCAAAAUUGAUGUCCGAUAUUGGUACUCAGUUAACAGUGGCAAAAGAGGAGCUCAAGAAAGUUGUGGCAUCUUAGGAUUGGGAUGAGCUGGCCGCAUUCUGUGUGACAAAGGGAAUGGAAUGGAAAUUUCUUCCAGCAGACGCAGCUUGGCUGAAUGGGACUUCAGAGGCUCUUGUGAAGUCUGUGAAGAAGGUAAUUAUGGUAGCAGUUGGUGAGAGUGUGGUGACCUUCUCUGAGUCGCAAACUGUCUUCUUUGAGGCAGCAAGCCUGGUUAAUGAAGGGUCAAUUGGUAGACAUCCAACAUCACCUGAAGAUGGGACUUACCUGUGCCCUUAAGACCUCCUUUUAGGAUGAUCCACCUGUAGGGUCCCUAGUGGUCCCUUUAGAGAGAAGAAACCCAAAUCACUACUUCAAGUUUGUUCAGCAGAUUGCACACAUUUUUGGAGAAAGUAGACUAGAGUCUGCGAUUGUACAGCAAAAGUAGCAUACAAAGAAGCGCAAUGUGAGGGUAGGCGAUAUAGUGCUCAUCCAAGAUUCAAAUCAGGUCCAAGGUAACUGGAAGCUUGGUAGUGUCCAAGGUUUACCCUGGAGAUGAUGCUAAAGUAAGGAAAGUGGAUGUGGAAUACAAGAAUGCCAGACCAGGUGAACCCGACGACAAGUACCAAGGCAGGGGCUAAGUCACCAUACAGAGAGCUGUGCAGAGACUAAUCAUGUUAGUUCCAGAGGACAACGCCAAGGGAAUCUCCGCUGAGCGGUAAGCAGAAAUGCCUGUUGGCUGAGCGCAGACUAGAGAGCAAGUAUACCACGGCGACGACAUAACCUUCCCUAAGGGGUUUGUAGGGGGAGUGUUCUGCUGAUAUGUGCGGAAGUUUGUGACAUUCCAUAUGCACGUGCUCGUUUGAACACUUUGAUAUUUAAUAUUCAUAAAUCGAACCUUUCAGUAAAGCGAAAUUGUGAUUAAUUCAAAGACACAAGAUGUAACUUAGAAGAGUGGAUUCGUUGUGGAAAAGAGUGGAGAGUGGAUUUGAGAGGAUUCAAUGGAUCAAACAUUUCCGGCUGCAGUACACAUGCUACCGGGUACCUAUUGCGUAAAAUUGAUCUGACGAUUGUAUUGUAUUAUUGUAUUAUUUUUUGCGUUCUCAUGGUGAUAUUUUGUACUUUUACUUUAGGUUUUGAAGGCGUUGUAAUGAAUCUUUGAAAACAGUACUGAACAUAGUCGAUUGUAGCUAGCGAAACAAAAUUUUAAAAAGGUUGACUCCUGUGCACAGUGCUCGUAGAGGAUAUAGUAUGUAAACCCUUGAACGUUUGAGGCUCAAACAUGAAAUAAGAGCAACCAAUUUGGCCUCAGCCUCGACCUUAACAUCAGAAUUCCUUAUAAAAAAGUGGAUCUGGACUAUUUGUAAUCCUUUGGCUACAGCAGACAAUGACGAAAACAAAGUCUGGAGCAGUACAGUAUUUUUUCUAAGAAAAAAAAACAACCUAUUUAAGAACCUAAAUAGCCUAAAGUUUUGCCAAUAACCAUUUAUUUAAGAACUCACUUAGGCUAACUUGGGGAAAUGCAGGUUCUUACCGGCCAGUUUUUUGCUGUAGUUAACUUUUGCGAUCAUAUUAAAAAGUUAUUUGAGCGAGACAAUGACAGAUCAGUAUGAUACCUUGAGUAAGUUAUGCAAUGUCGAUUUUGUUAAUUACAGAAGAUGAUAAAGAUGGAAUGAUGUUACCAGCUAUUGGUGAAAAUAAGAAUUGUGAUGCGACAAGAUUAUUGUUCGUCAAUAACUGACACAUGCGAUGAUUUAGAGUCACAUUUGCCUGUCCACCCUGAACCUCUUUGCUAGGGUUCAGACGGUGACUGUUCAGAGUAAGAGUAGGAGUCUGUCGCACUGGUUAACAUACUUGAAUACCGUUAUUGUCUAAAACUUAAAGAAGAGGCAAUGGUGAGUGUAAAAACGAUAGAAUCAAUACGAGAAGUUACCAUCUCUCUAAUGAAAGCUCAAACUAGCCAAUGUCAUUGGCGUGUUCACUAAGAUUUAGAAAAACAUGGGGUGGAUCCUUCAAGCAUGCCAGAACUGAAAUAUGCUUUUACACCAUUACAGUGGAUACAUGAUUCCCCAAAACUAAAUGAUAGUAGAAACUUCAUGAAGACAAACUUUCCCAAUAUGACACCGCCAGAAUUGUGUUGGGGAAGAGACAACAGUGGAAAUGACUUGCAAACAGAAAAAUGAGGAUUGUGGAAGUUGCUGAGAGAUUUACAAUGUGUCGCUAGUAGCUUCUGUUUAGGCCCAGUUAUGCAAUAGGCGUAUUCUAGACAUGGUUGACGAAAGAUAUACAAAUAAGCAGCAAAAUGGUCGUUGUGUGACUUAAACGAGGGUUCUUUAAUGAGUGAGCAUGAACUCUUUUCUUGUCACCCACAAAGCCUCAAAAUAAUUUUGUAUUACGAUGACUUUGAAGUAACAAAUGAAAUAACAAGACGGAAACAUAAAUUGAAACUGUUUUAUUACCAGCUUGCAUACUUAUACUCACAGUGCCGUUCUAAAUUAAAGUUUAUCCACCUUGUAGCAGUUGUCAAACAAAAAUACAUGAAGAAAUAUGCCAUACACCAUAUAUUGCAGCCAUUUGUAGAAGAAUUACAAAUACUUGGAGGGGAACUCGGAAAUUGUUGAUUGACAGUAUAUUGUAGUAGACAUGAAGUAUGUUUCUAAUUCCCAUGAUCCUCCACUUCGAACCAUGCGCUCUCGUAAUGGUGGUUCAGGAAUGAACCCAUGUUUUUGUGUUCUACUCUUGUCUAUUUCUCGUUCUCCACUCUAAAAACUCAACAUGGUGGCAGCUUCGGGAUGUAGUUAAUGAAAUGACGGCUACAGAAACCGGACAGUUUAGACUUCCUUCCCAACUAGAUGUAAAUUCGGGAAAUAUGUCCGAGACUUCAAAUGGAGGAAACGGCAAGUGGAAGUGUACUUCAGAGUUUCUGGAGUUUCAGAGAAGGACGGUAAAGUACAAACUGCUAUCAUUUUAAACUGUGGAGGCCCUCGUGUUCUCGAGGUGUACAAUACUUUUAUUUGGA